UCCACAGUCUCUGGUCAUCUCCUGUAGUACAUCCGCAGUCUCUGGUCAUCUCCUGUACUGUGUUCGCAGUCUCUGGUCAUCUCCUGUACUAUGUCCGCAGUCUCUGGUCAUCUCCUGUACUUACAUCCACAGUCUCUGGUCAUCUCCUGUAGUUCAUUUGCAGUCUGUGGUCAUCUCCUGGUUAUUUAUUUUACCCCAGGGAGGAUUUUUUUCUUUGUUGCUGGAUAUAUGGGGGUGUCUCAUUGUUGCUGGAUAUAUGGGGGAUGUCUCUUUGCUGUUGGAUAUAUGGAGGAUGUCUCUUUGCUGCUAGAUUUUUAGGGGGAUGUAUUUUUGCUAAUUAAAAGGGGGUGUCUCUUUGCUGGAU